AUGGGCAUCUCAUGUUAUGGAUCUACUGUUAUCCUCCUUAAGCUUCAGGGUUUGAACUUGAGUGGAUACAUGGGGAGCCUGUUACAUUUGCUCCAUGAGUUGAGAAAACUGGAUCUUAGCUCCAAUAACAUCACUAGUGAAAUUCCUUACAGCCUACCCAUUAUUGUCACCCACUUAAACUUAGCAUGCAACAACUUAGCAGAAUAUACCUCAAUCUUUGCCCAAUAUUAA